ACACAUGUGGGUCUCGGAGAACUACUGUUGGAUUUCUACAAUUAUUGUCUACAUUCAUGUUCCAAUAGUGGUGCAGACUUUAAGCCAAUGUAUAAAAGAAAAUGAUUGUAAAUGUUCGACCGAUGAAGGAACUAUAGAUUUAUCGAAGUUAGCUCUCCCUGCUAGUAGCGCACCCAGGUUUAAGGAUGUUGCUGUUGUACAGGGUUUGACAGUUUCCUGGAAUCCUUGUAACAAGUGGACUAAACCUUCAUCUCCAAGUUCCACCUACAAGGAUUGUGAAGACAUAGCUGUUUGUGGUACAAUUAUAUCUGAUGAGCUGGACCUUGGGAAACAAGAGACUGCAGAAUUUAACUUUAACACAACAGCAAAGAGAUGUGUUUUAUCAUUUACAGGAAAGUCAUAUCCUGAGACAACACAGAGCCCUAAAACUUUCAUCUCUUUACAAUGUGAUUCAACUGAAGAGGGCCGGCUAGAGUCUGUUGGUCCCCCAGAGAACGUGGAUGAUUCUGCUCAUUUGUCAUUCAUACUUCACUCCAAGUAUGCUUGUCCCAGAAAAUCAGGUUUGAGUACAGGAAGUGUCUUAAUUAUAAUUUUUGGAUCUGUACUUUUAGUGUACAUUGUAGCUGGAGUUCUUUUCAAUAAGUUUCAUCGGGGAGCCUCUGGAAAAGAGGUCAUUCCUAAUGUCAACUUCUGGAUGGACUUUCCAUUGCUUGUGAAGGAUGGUGUAGAAUUUUCAUACCAGUUUUGUAAGAAGACUUGUGGACGAAAACGAAGCUCGUAUGAAGAAAUAUGAAUUAAUCAGCCUGGUGCUGGAGUAAAUUUGGCUAAAAAAAAUUUCCUUUACAAAAGUAAUUUUCAGAGAUUGAGUAUUUCUGAUUGGAACCUGUUAGAAUAUAUACUUUGGUUUUGGUAGAAUUACUUAUUGAAAUAUUUGAUAGAUAGUUAUUUUAUAAUCAAAUUUACCAGGUAACUAAUGUAUGCAUCCAACUUGUGUUGGAUUCAAGGUGACUUCUCAUGCCUGCUAUGUGGGUGAUCUGAAUGCACUUGAACAAUUUGAGGAGAAAAUAAAUUACAAUAUUUUUAAGAAACUAAUGGAUUACUAAAGAGCUAAUUCAAAAUGCAAAUAGACAAAACUUACAAAUAUUCCCAUGUUUAAGUGAAGCAAACAGGAGAUCAUCCAAAAGAAGAAAAUAUUGCUGGCAAGAACUAAACAAGUAGUGUCAACAUAAAGACACCUGGUGAUUGAGGAAAAACCUCAAGAAUAUUUGACCUUGAAACAUGAUUGCCCAGUGGGGUGGUACAAUGUUAUAUACGUGUUACAGAACAAAUCCAUGUCACACACGUCUUAAAAAUAACCAAAAGGAUAAUUCAGGAAAAUGUCACAUAUGAAUCAAACAACUAUUUUAUCAAUUUUAUCAUUAUUUUUAACAAUGUUGAAGGGUUGUAUCAUUAUCAUCAUCUCCCAAGUUGAAGAGAUGCUGACUUUAUUUACAUUGUCAUUGUUAUUAAAGAUGUUGAAAACAAUCUUUAUUUUCAAGAUAUAAUUAUAUUUAAUGCUAUUAUGCUUUGUUGAAUAAAAAUGAACUUUUUUGAA